UAAAUAAAAGCAUUUAAAACAAACAUGGCUACAGAGUGACACUGUGCGAUGCGCUGGAGUGCUGCUGUGUUUUAUUCCCAGUGACACGUUGACAAUAAUGACGGUAGUGACCCAGGUAGCGGUGGCGUGACAAGCGAAGGGGCGGUGGGGCGGCAGCAACGAGUGUGGCUCUGGUAGAGUGGCGUGUACAGGUGCUACGGGACUCAAUGAGCCCCACCGUAUGCUUGUUGAGUGCUAGUGUGUGCGAAAGUGCUAGUGACAAAAGUGAGUGCUAAACCAUUGAGCAGGACAGUCGCCUUGAGCAUGGAGGACUCGAGCGAGGUGCUGGUGUGUGCUGCAGAGUAUAUGAAAGAUCGGUUGUAUUUUGUUACUCUGCGGACUUCAGGCAGGCCCAGAUCAACGGCCAACACGCAUUAUUUUUCAAUCGACGAUGAGUUGGUGUAUGAAAACUUCUACGCCGACUUCGGGCCGCUCAACCUGGCCAUGCUGUGUCGGUACUGCCGCAAGCUGAACAAGAAACUAAAGUCACUGUCUUUGGCCAAGAAGAAGAUCGUGCACUAUACCACACUCGACCCACAGAAGAGAGCCAACGCAGCUUUCCUCAUUGCGUCAUAUUCUAUAAUUUACUUGAAAAAGACUCCAGAAGAAGCAUACAAGCCCCUGAUUGGUGGGAACAGCCCACCAUUCUGUCCUUUCCGAGAUGCAGCCUAUGGUAUGUCCACAUACCAUCUUACGUUACUGGACUGUCUUCAGGCCAUUGACAAAGCUUACAAGCUUGGCUUCUUCAACUUUGAAGAUUUCGAUGUGGACGAAUAUGAAUAUUAUGAGAGAGUGCAGAAUGGUGACUUCAACUGGAUUAUGCCAGGCAAGUUCUUGGCUUUCUGUGGACCCCACUCAGAGAGUCGAGUGAAGAAUGGUUACACACUCCACUCACCGGAGACAUACUUCAGUUACUUCCGCAAGCACAAUGUGAUGACCAUUGUGCGACUCAACAAGAAGAUCUACGAUGCUGCACGUUUCAAGAAUGCUGGAUUUGAGCAUUAUGAUAUGUACUUCAUAGAUGGCUCAUGCCCCUCGGAUGACAUUAUGAGAGAGUUCUUGAGAGUGUGUGAGAAUACAGAGGGAGCCAUUGCUGUACAUUGUAAAGCUGGACUAGGGCGCACUGGAUCCCUCAUUGGCUGCUAUAUGAUGAAACACUUUCGCUUUACUGCGGCGGAGGUCAUCGCUUGGCUGCGCAUCUGUCGGCCAGGCUCUAUCAUAGGAGGCCAACAACAGUGGCUCACCUCGAAACAGUCAUCCCUUUGGUUAGAGGGGGAUAUUUUCCGGGGACGUAACAAGAACCAAAACCUGAAUAAGAAAUGUCCAUAUGGAAUAUACAGCAUAGCUUAUCGUGAGCAUGUGGCCAAUCUCCGUAACAACAGAAACAAGAACAGUUGUAACAACCAGAAUCAGAAGAAGCAGGUGGUAUCCACGUCAUCUGACGAAGAGAUUGAACGUGAGGAGAAUGUUCAGGUUGUACUUAGUGGUGUAGACACUCUGAAGCUAGAUGAUCACAUCUCCCAAACAGACAAUCAUGAAAAAUAUAUUGAGGUGUUUCAUUUUCAGGAUGUUGCCAAUAGCAACACUGGCACUAAAGACUCGGAGACGUGCAUCAUCAACGGUCUCACUCAGGGGGAUCGACUUAACCAACUGAAGGCCUCUCGAGCUCACUCCAGAUCUGCCACUACUGGACGUGUUCACCUUGAGGAUAAAGCCCACGUGCGUACAAAGUCCACGCCUUUGGGCAGUGGCAGUGGUGGUGGUAGUAGUGGGCGGGAGGCAGUGUUGUCACCCCUGAAGGCUGGCAAAGUGUCCACCCUCACUUCAGCCCACCGGGACACAUCGCGUAGGCCCAUAAGAACCACCACCACAGCCACAACUAAAAGACAUGCAUGGCUGUUAGGAUCAGUGUACCGGGGAUCUGGCCACCGAGGGAGCAAGGCACGUGGGGUGCUUCAUUCCCCAGGGUCUUCAGUGGGGGCCAGUCAAGGCUCUGACAGUCACUCUUUGUCUCAAAACCUGCCAAGAAAAAGUCACAUAACCUCUUCGCCAACAACAACUUGUACUCUUUCAAAGACAACAAUACAUGGCUCCUUUACAUCAUCUUCUAAAGUUUCCCUUACUUCUACUUCUUCCUGCCUUUCUUCCACUUACUCAGGUGACAAUCAGUAUCACAGGUCUAGCAACACAACUUGCACAAGACAUUCUACAAAUUCAGUGGAUAAUGGCAAUAUUGGGGAGCAUCCUCAGAUAGAAAAUAAUAAUUUUGAACAACACAAGCAAGACAAUGGCGGGUUAGGCCUGAGAGGAGAUGAAAGCUGUAGGAAUCAAAGUUCUGGUGCUGCGAGCCGCUCCCGACUUCCCUCUUCAUCGUCAUCCUCCGCCAUACACAGCAAACUUCCAGUCUAUCGCGUAGUAAAGGGAAUAACAAAUAGUAAUCAACUUUUUCACUACCGUUUCUCUCCUGUCAGAAACACCACCACAAUCACCAGCCGCUCCUCGAAAGCUGCCCUCGUCAGAUGACUACCAAUACUGCCCACCACCACAAAAAGCAAGAUUAACAGGAAAGCUGCAGAAGCAGUCUCAGUUUCACCACAAUCAUCACCAUCUUCCAAUGACACCAACACCUCCAUCUUCACCAACAACCACAGCAAAACUUCUGACAAGAAAUAUCGAGGCACUGCCAUCUGCAAGUCUGGUUCCUCCGAGAACGCCACCUCCUACUCCGACACAUCCGGCAAGCCGCAAGCUUCCGCAGCCAACUCCGGUGAUGAUAAAAAACCGGAUGCCACUGCAGACAGCCCAAGUGACGAAGAGGAUAAGAUCUUGUCCAGCUCUUCCACUCCCGAGGGAAAAAGUUCUUCAUCAGAGGUCAGGCACUUUGCCAAGAGUACCAAAAGUACUACCAAAUCUUGGUCACCUACGUCUGUGCCAGAGGGCAGGGCUAGAAGGCAGGGCAAAAUGUCUCGAUCAGCACCCCCAGAGUUGAAGCGAACCACAUCAGUGGAGAGGAAGGGAACCAGAAGUGCUCUUGGAGCAAACUUUCGUAGAUCUGGUAGAAGCGUUACUCGUGAUAUGGGAGGUAAGAAAAAUGGUGGUGGGUUGAAAAAACGGUCGCAUAGUCCAUCCAAUAGGGAGCCUGGAAGGAGCCUCAAAACAAGGAAAUCCCGUAGUAGAGUUACAAGUCCAGAGCCAGUACCUGGGAGUGAUGUCUCUGAUAAGAGUAAACCAGAAAAGAACACUAAAGAUGGAGGCAAAAAGAAAGCCUCCCAAACUCACAUUACGGAAUACUACACCAUACGCAAGGAAAAGAGUACCUACAAAGUAAUCAGGACACUGCCUGAUGACCCUCCAAGUGACAAGAGUACCACUCUGAGGAGCUGGAAUGAUGAGCGUAAAAGGAUAGGAGGCUCUGGUGCAGUUGCUACACGUCGCACACGACACCAUAUCAGUGAGUGACUGUAUGUUGUAUGUUUUGUUUAUGUUAACUUGUUAUCAAAUUACCGUAAAAGGUUUGUACAUACAGAACUAUUAAUUUGACUACCAGAAAAGUGCAGGGGUUUUAGAAUGCAUUGAUUGAUUGAUUGAGUGUGUGUGUGUGUGUGUGUGUGUGUGUGUGUGUGUGUGUGUGUGUGUGUGUGUGUGUGUGUGUGUGUGUGCUUCUUCAUAACAGAGAGAGAGAGAGAGAGAGAGAGAGAGAGAGAGAGAGAGAGAGAGAGAGAGAUUAUAUGGCCUUUUAUAGUUAUAGAGGAGUUUCUGAGGAUGAAAAUUUUGUAAAUGCAAAGAAAACAAUUUAACUGAAAUAUUUAUACUAUACAUAAAUAGAUAUCAGAUGUAUGUAUGGCUGGUGUCUUGUUAGCAAAGUGUUGUGCCAUGUUGGUGUACAAAUUAUGUAGAUAUUAAUUCUUCACAGAAACACUAAAUAAUUUAACUUUACACACACACACACACACACACACACACACACACACACACACACACACACACACACACACACACACACACACACACACACACACACACACACACACACACACACACACACACACACACACACACACACACACACACACACACACACACACACACACACACACACACACACACAUGAUAGGUAAUGAUUGCUUUUGACAAAGGUACAGUAACUGAAAUAUCAGUUAAUUGAGUUAUCUCUGCAUCUUCAUCAUUAUAUUCAUCUAAUUUCUCACACUGAACAAAGUGGAUGUACAUGAUUUUGUUUGUAUCCUCAUAUUAAUAUCAGAUGACAUGCUGUCAUUGAUUUACCAAAUUCAUUAUUAUACAUUGAAAAUUUUUUCAAAUGAUGCUCAAAAUUGACAGGCAAGCCUAAAUUGAAAAUUUUAGAUAUUUGACUGUUACUAUUUUAAAGCCAUAUGUGGUUCUAGAAAAUACAGUAAUUAAUAAUUUAAUGAUUACUUACUUAAGCUCUGACAAAGGAGACUAAAACUCUCCAUACAUUUGAUGUGAUCUGUUUAACUAUCUUUUUAUGUACUCCAUGGCUGACAUAUCCCUCAAAAUUGUGGGUAGCUAACUAAUGUCUUGCCUCAUUGUAGGAUCAAAGAGGUGGAGGCUUGUAGCUCCCAUGCUCUGUCCCUUUUAAUUAACUUUUUUGAAGGAAAAUUAAAAUUGUCAAAUUUAAAACCUUAAAAAAUUAUCAAUAUUUUAAUCAUCACCAGAUAGUCUGCAGUAUACUAUGCAGAAAUGCCACCAGUAGAUGCAAUAAUAUUUCAAGUGGAAUAGAUUUGCAGAUGUUUUUAAAGUUUGUUCAAAUUAUUGCUGUCAUGAAAAUAAUUUUUGUUGAUAAAAUCUUGUUGCUUCGGUUUACUGUUUUAAUGUUGAUGUUCAGAAUAGUAACGUUAACUUGGUGGCAUUGCGUAAACCAUGCUCAGUGUGAAGAAUGAAGUAGCAUCACAUGAAACCACCCUAUACUGUGCCAGAAUGAUUUAUUUUGAUUUGUUGUGCUUCCAUCAAUCAUCUUAGUUUGUGUGAAAAAAAAUGUUAUAGUGUCUUCUAAUAAACAAUACAUUGAAUAUAUGUAUAAGAUAAUGAGCAAAGUUCUUCACCUCUUACACUCUGCAUUCAUUCAUCAACUUGAUAAUUUUGUUUCAAGCAGAGAUGUGAAUAUUCCCUCAUACUUUCUCUGUGGCACUUGCACAACAGCUGGAUGAACCAAGUUACCUGUAUUAAAGGUGUCAAAAAUAAGAAGCAUUGCUUUGUAUGUUCAUCAUAUUAUCAGAUAAGAGAGAAUCAAGCAUUGGUUACUGUCAUUAGCCAAGUAAAUCUUAUCAAACCAUCAAUUCUGAUGUUAUUCACAAUGCAAUAAGUAAUCAUUUUCUGAUCGCUUGAUUGUUUUGUGAUACUAUUUGCAAGCUGCUAUUGACUCAGGGAUGUAUUCUGUCCUCAUCACAUGAGCAAGCCACCACUGAUAACAGACUUACUAGGAACCUCUAAGUUACAUAACUCAGUUUUUUAGCUGCAGAUGAGGAUUGUUAUGGCAUCCAAGUGACUGAAUAACAUCAAUAGGGAGAUAUGCAAGCUUCUCUUGUAAUGAUGGAAGUAUAUAUGUUAUGACUGAAUGAAACAUAAUUAAAUAUGUGACAUAAUGACAUUACAUCAGAUAUGCUGUCAUUUGAUUGUUUUGAUUCUCAUCAGCAACAAUGAGAAAUAUGCUGUGCACAUCAUGCAUAUAUGUAUGCAAGUGCUUCCUUUAAAGGAUUACCAGUGAAUAAAUGCUUCAUGUGACAUAUCAUACCAGGGAACUGAUAGUAUGAGUGGAUAGUAAGUUGUAUUGCUGUGUGUUGCUGCACACCAAAGAGUAAGGAUACUUGUUUUAUGGCACUCAUGUUAAUUUGUGUUUUUCACAAAAGUCAAUAAUAACUGUAUUUAUUCUAUGGUGGCUACUGUAUAUGCUGGACUAUAAGCUUUUUUUUUUUUUUUUUUUUUUUUCUCCCUUCUUAAUCAAGGGGUUGUCUUAUGUACCGAGAAUAAAACAUAACCCUUUAACCCCGUGGUGAAUAUUAAGUGCCACACUACCUUGGAAUUCAUUCUGCAGCCACAUAGGUGUAUGUACAUUACCAAUAUAUAUAUAUAUAUAUAUAUAUAUAUAUAUAUAUAUAUAUAUAUAUAUAUAUAUAUAUAUAUAUAUAUAUAUAUAUAUAUAAACUCAAUAUAUUGGCUCCAUGACAGGAUGAGAUUUUUCUAAGGUUGUUGAAUGUUUACUCACAGCUCAUAAUAAUGAUCAGUUGCCAAUUAGGCUAACAAAUCAUGACGUUUGUAGAUACUGUUUAUGUUAAUCCAAUAAUGACUGGUUUUGAAUUCCAUUAGCUCCUUCUGUAUGAGCUAAUUGUUUUAUUAAUAAAUCAAGGGUGGCUGUAUUUUGAAAUUAGUGACAGUAGGUAGUGAGGGAAUUGCCAUAAUACAGCUCCCCAGGACCCAGUGAGACACCAGCAAUAAACCUGUGGUGAUUAGUAUCAUAGUCAUCAAGAAAAGAAAGUAGUACAUGUCCCUGUCAUUUCGGAGCUCAGAAACACGCGGAACUGCAAAAAAGGGAUUGUGAAUUUUACCAUGAUACAAACGUAUUUAAGUGAGGGAACUGACCGCGAUGCAAGCCCUUCAUGUUGUGGCACAUCAGUAAUGCACCCUUCAACAUUAAGGGGGUCAUUUUAUACACAGCUAAUAGCUCAAAACUUAAACUUUUCCUUGAAAAUUUGGUGGUUGUCUCUUAUACAGAGUCAUCUUGUAGUCUGGCAUAUAUAUUAAAAGUUUUUUUUUCUUUUAUUAAUAUUUUACUUGAUGCCAAAUUAUUACAAUAGAGUACCAUUGUAAGGAAGAAGUGACAGUAUACACACACACACACACACACACACACACACACACACACACACACACACACACACACACACACACACACACACACACACACACACACACACCAAAAGUUACUGCCAGUGCAACAAAUAUUUUUGAUCAAGUUGAUAGUAAAAAUUAUAUGCUAGAUUUGUUGUAACAUUAGUUAAAACAAAAAAGUGAUACAGUGAACUAUUUUUCCUGAUGGUUUAACAUGGUUUAACAAAUGGCACUAAUUUUCUCUGACUUUCCAUUUAUGGUUUUCAUAAUAAAUGUUAUAACCACUUUUACUAAAAACAAAAGUUCUUAAUAGAUUUGUUAAUCUGUUCAAUUCAAUGCAAUGUACAGGAAUUUAAGGAUUUUUCAGUGUACAUUAUUUGUAUUGUAAUAAAGUUAAUGCUCAUUUAUUAUUUAGUAUGUUAUAAUGAAGCCAUAAAGACUGGUCAUCAGAAAAUCAUGUCAUUAUUUUUAAUUGCCUUAGCAUGUAAUUUCUUAUUUUUACUGUGUUUUGUCUUAUUUGGUUUCAACCUCAAAAUAGAGUUCAGAGGUUGAAAAGGGGGGAAAAACCCUGAAAAUUAUUGAGAUACGAAAACCUUUCAUAUGGAAAGCAGCCAUUUUCUGAAAAAAGUACUUAUUCCAUAACUUCAUUCUCACACAGUAUCUGAACAUAAUUAUACCUGGAAAGUGGAUUAAAUCAAGUAUAUGAAAUUCUACAGUAAUUUUUUUUGUGAAAUAUAUUAUAGGUUUGUCAUUAUUAUAUGUGUGACUACACUAUACAUACUCUAUUUUGUAUACUGUACUGAUUCAAAACAUAUUAUCCAUAACGCUAUUUUGUUCACAAGAUGAAGAAAAUUGUGAGCAGCACACACACACACACACACACACACACACACACACACACACACACACACACACACACACACACUUUUUAAUCAUACUUGUAGAAUUGCACAAUUGCUUAUUGCUAAUACUAGUUUAAAAGUUCAUUUUUUAAAGAAAGCUAUUGAAUUAUUUAGAGGUUGCUAUUGGUGGGCAGUUAUUGGGUGUAACUUUGUUUUUUUUUAAUAUUCAUAUAGUUAAAAGGGAUUGCAAGAUUAAUGAAGGUAGUAAAGUGCAAAGAAAAGCAUAGUAUAAAGUUUUAGUACUUAUAUAUAUAUAUAUAUAUAUAUAUAUAUAUAUAUAUAUAUAUAUAUAUAUAUAUAUAUAUAUAUAUAUAUAUAUAUAUAUAUAUUUAUAUAUAUAUUAAUGAAUUAUAGUAUUUUGCAAGAUAAUACAGGAUAUCAAUUUAUUUAAGGAAUAUCCACAUUUUUCAGGAAGAUUUUCCUUUUAAAGUAAAAGAAAAAAAACUGUUAAUGUGUUACGGUACAUUAGCAGAUAAUCAAUAAACCUGGUGAUUUAUUGCUUAUGGUGAUAAAUAUCUUUUUAAAUCAAUUAUGAAAUUAUAUUUUGUAUAUAUUGAAGUGUAAUCAUGUAGUUAUAUUCUUCAGUUAAUAAAUGAUGGAAUUGUAAAGAUUUAAGGUGUGGUUCUCUUAAGGAACAUAAAAUGAGUGCUUAUGUUUAUACUGGAGACACUCCUGUUAGGGGGAUGCACUAGCUCUAGUGUAUAAUUUGACUAUAGCAUAUGUUAAAAUGUAGCUAUAAUACCUAUAUUUUUAAUAGAGACUAAUGUUUUUGUAGAUUCUAGAUAUUCAUUCUAGGUUAUGCUUGUGUAAAUAAGUACAUAUGUAAGUGUACACAAAAAUAUUGUAGCGUGCCUGGAAUUCAAAGUUGAAAAUAUAUUGUCUUUUUUAUUUUUCAUUUUAUUGUAUAUCAUCUCAAUUUUUUGGGUGGGAAUUUCUUUUAUUUUUCUUUUAGUAUAAUUAAUAUAAAUAAAUGUGAAUUCACCCUAAUUCCUUUUAGAUUUUGCUUUAUGAAGCAACUAUUUUUUUUAUUAUUUUGAUACAGAGUUUUUACAAUUUGUAAAGAAAUGAAACUGUGCACUCCAUAGACAAUAUUCAACAUAUCUGACUAUUGUUUGAAUAUGAAAAAAAAGAAAAAAUUUCAUACAAUAAGGAAGUUUAUCAGGUAAAUUCAAUAUGUGAUUAAAUCAAUGUUUCAAAGUGGUUGUUGUAAACCUCUUGUUGGGUUAGUCAGCUCUUGCGUAAUAUUUACCUCUACUUCAGAGGGCAAUUGCAAUGGUUUUUAACCACUAGGCUUCUCAGCUAUCUUUCUGUUUGCUUUGUGGCUUCAAAAUUAUUUUCCUGCAACUGGAUAGAUUCUGUAUCAUAUGUUUAUGUUUAAAUUGCAAAGUUUUGAAUGAAGAUUCAAAUUUAUAAAGAAUGUGUAUCAUUAUUUUGAUAUUUCAACAAAUGACAUCCCUCUCUCUUUAAACAUGCCAUCUUCCAUGCCAAAUAGUUGGUUUCUCUGAUGAAAUGACAAUGUAAGAUUAUGUCUUUGUUACCAUAUAGCAAUGACUCAUCUCUGUCACCUGUAUAGAUUCAUUGACAAAUUUAUUGUGUAUUUUGACAACACAAUAUCCUAAAAUAUUUGAAUUUUAUCUAAGCAGCUUUUUAGAUUGAUUUUUUUAUUGUUUUUAGAUUAUUAUUAUUAUUAUUAUUAUUAUUAUUAUUAUUAUUAUUAUUAUUAUUAUUAUUGUUGUUAUCAUUAAUGUCGAUUAUUAUAAGUUUUAUUUCAUUUUAUACAUUAUAAACAUGUUAACUUACUGAAUGAGCACAAAGGUUUAAUGGUUACUUUUACAAUUAAACUGAUGUAAUAAUCUCAGUAUUGAAUUGAUAAUACACUUUCUUACUUUAUCUAAAAGGUUAGUGAUGAUAGCUUCAGUGUUACUUUCAUUCACAUGAUAAUUGUAAAAUUAAUUGCAUGCUGUGCCUUGAGUAGCUGAAGACUUAUGUCAUGCUCAUCCCUGGAAGAAACUCCCUUGAAAAUAGCCAAGUGCAGUGAUGACUAUAUAAGUGUGUUUGCAAUUCUUUGAACUACUUGACAUCAUAUGCAAAUUUUUUUUAUUACUUUCCUAGUUAUAUUACAUGAUUUAAUUGCAUGUUCACCUUUAUCUGUGUUUAUCUUGCUCUAUUAAAAUACUCCCACCAAACUAAUUCUACACAACAUCAGGUGCUUGUCAGACUCUUGGUACAUUUCUUGUGUUCAAAUGUGUCUUGCUUUACUGGAGGGACAGUUACUAUUUUAUGUAAAGUUUUCAUAAGAAUGUUCAUUAACACUCUUAUCAUU